AUGGUUUGCCAACCUGUCAAGGCUUAUUUGUCCAACCGAACAGUCAAAGCGAGUAGUGUGGCAUCCGGAGCCAAGACGGAUCUCGGGUCUGCCAUCAGGGACCACGACAGGAAGACUCUGUUUGUAGAUCUCUUCAUGGCUAUUGUGGAUCACCCAGGAAAUGAAGUUCAGCGUACUUACAACUUCUAG